GUAGCCCCUGCUCUGAAGGAGGAGCAGUCUCUGUGCUGCUUUUUUGGCGGGCUCCUUGAGGGCAGCCACCAGGCAGUCUAGACCUGCAAGCCGCCAGGAUGCCCUCCUGAGAGGUUACCACCAUCAUCAUCAUCACCACCACCACCUCCUCUUCCUGCUGCUGCCUGCAAGUCCCAAGUCAGCCUCUGCCUCUCCCCAGCAGCCUUGUGCUCCAGCUCCAGUGGGUAAGCUCAGUGUCAUCCAAUCACCUGUGGCUGCCUUUCCUCCACCCCCUCAGAGCAAGCAGCUUCACACCACCUACUGCUUCUACUUUUAAGGCAGAUAUUGAAGUAAAAUCAUCCUCGACCAUUUGUUGCCUGACCAAAGAAGUCUAUAAACUGAAUAGUUCUGUCGGAUUUCUUCAUCCAAAAUGAUUACCUGUGGACCAACUUUGUCAUUUAUUCGGUGCCUUUUCCGGAGAAAAAUCAUCACUUUGGACAGUCUUGAAGAUUCCAAAUUAUGCCGCUGUUUAUCCACCACGGACCUUAUUGCCCUCGGAGUGGGAAGUACCCUGGGUGCUGGUGUUUAUGUCCUUGCCGGAGAAGUUGCAAAAGCAGAUUCUGGACCUAGUAUUGUUGUUUCUUUUCUCAUUGCUGCCUUAGCGUCUGUUAUGGCAGGCCUCUGUUAUGCAGAAUUUGGUGCUCGAGUUCCAAAGACUGGCUCUGCCUAUCUGUAUACUUAUGUAACUGUUGGUGAACUCUGGGCCUUUAUCACUGGCUGGAAUUUAAUUUUGUCCUAUGUUAUAGGUACAUCAAGUGUAGCAAGAGCAUGGAGUGGCACCUUUGAUGAACUCCUUGGAAAACAAAUUGGUUAUUUUUUCAAAACCUACUUCAGAAUGAAUUAUUCUGGUCUAGCAGAGUAUCCAGAUUUUUUUGCAGUCUGCCUUAUAUUGCUCCUGGCAGGUCUAUUAUCAUUUGGAGUAAAAGAAUCAGCAUGGGUGAAUAAAGUCUUCACAGCUGUUAACAUCUUGGUCCUUUUCUUUGUUAUGAUUUCUGGCUUUGUGAAAGGUGAUAUUAAUAACUGGAAGAAAACAGAAGAAUUUCUCAUAAACUACACAGUGGAAGUCAAAAAUAUAUCAUUUUCUGAGAAUGUGACAAGUGCCUUUGGAGUUGGUGGCUUUAUGCCAUAUGGCUUUACUGGAACACUGGCUGGUGCCGCAACCUGUUUUUAUGCUUUCAUAGGAUUUGAUUGCAUUGCAACAACUGGGGAAGAAGUGAAGAAUCCCCAGAAAGCCAUACCUAUUGGAAUUGUAACUUCUCUACUUGUCUGUUUUAUGGCCUAUUUUGGGGUUUCAGCUGCUUUAACUCUUAUGAUGCCAUACUACCUAAUAGAUGGGAAAAGCCCUCUCCCUGUAGCAUUUGAAUACGUUGGUUGGGGCCCAGCAAAAUAUGUCGUAGCAGUGGGAUCUUUAUGUGCUUUAUCAACAAGUCUUCUUGGAUCCAUUUUCCCAAUGCCGCGUGUAAUCUAUGCUAUGGCGAAGGAUGGGUUGCUUUUCAAAUGGCUAGCUCAAAUCAGCCCCAAAACGAAGACUCCACUUGUUGCUACUUUAUCAUCGGGGGCUGUAGCAGCUCUAAUGGCUUUUCUCUUUGACCUAAAAGCCUUAGUAGACAUGAUGUCUAUUGGAACACUUCUUGCAUACUCACUGGUAGCAGCUUGUGUUCUCAUUCUUAGGUACCAACCCAGCUUAAACUAUGAGCAACCUAAAUAUUCAGCAGAAAAAGAAGCUCUUGAAGCAUCUGAAAGAGAAUGUGCAAGUGAAUCUCAAAUUAGUAUGAUACCAGGGCACAGUUUUAGCUUACAAACACUGAUAAAUCCAUCAAGUUUGCCAACUGAACAGUCUGCUACCAUGGUUAACCUGCUUGUAGGUGUGUUGGGUCUUCUGGUUUGUGGCCUGAGCAUUCUGACCACUUACGGGAUCCAUUUUCUUGCCAAUCUGGAGCUUUGGAGUAUUUGUCUCCUUGUAGCUCUUUCAGUUCUAUUUGUCAUCAUCAUACUUGUCAUCUGGAGGCAACCUCAGAGUCACCAAAAGGUGGCAUUUAUGGUUCCACUUUUGCCAUUGUUGCCCUCUUUGAGCAUCUUAGUGAAUAUUUACUUAAUGAUGCAGCUAAGUGGGGAAACUUGGAUUCGUUUUAGCAUCUGGAUGGCACUUGGUUUCCUGAUUUACUUCUCCUAUGGCAUACGACAUAGUGUAGAAGGCCAUCCUCAAGAGGACGAAGAAGAUGAUGAUAGCUGCUCAGAAAAAAGUGAAAUGCUAGAAAAGGACCAUCGAAAAGAGGCAAAUGAGCAUGAAAAUGCAAGUGAAAAUGCUCAGUUUAUUACUGAUGAAAGGACAAGUGAAUGCUAAUGGUUGCCAACCUCCAUGUUGUCUAUGUUUUUCAAGCACUGAACUGUCACAGAAUAUAGUUGUUGGGGAGUGGGGUGAAAUGGUCAAACAUUUGUCAGCAGUAAUCUGCUUGUGCUUUAUGAAAACAUCUACCAGAAAACAUGAAUGAUGGAUCUAGACUGGUUGCUAGUUAUCUCAUCCAACUGAGAACUUCCACAGAUGUAUUAUCUGAAGUGAAACUACCAAGGAAGUGGAAGGGAAGAGCUUUCCAUUGGUUACUUUCUACCUGUAUGUCACUGUUAAAAAAUCUUGAGGAUUUUUUUAGUUGCAUCAUACAAUCUUAAUUCAAAGAUCACCUUGCAACUAAUUCCUUACAAAUAUUUGAAGGUGGAGGGAUAUGAGUUCUUGUGUUUGAGUUCCUUUGAUGUAAUACCUGUUUUAAAUAGCCACAUAACUAGACCCUUUUCAGCUACUCUAAAUUCACAGAAAUGUUAAAAUACAACUAAUUAGAUGGGUGGGUAGGUAGGGAAUAUAAACAGGAGAAUUUUAGCAUGUAUUAGUGAUGCUGUAUGUAUGGUAUGUGUUAACUAUUGCUAAAUUUUAAUGUGAAGCAUGAAUAUUCUCCUGAAAAUUCUUAGGUUCAAGAACAGUAUUUGUAAAUAGUAACAUAUGGAUACACUUCCAAUGUUUGAAAUUACAUUUUUAGUCAGUCAUUUUCCAAGUGAAAGUGAAAAUGAAAAACAGACCUUUGCUCACUUACAGGAAAAUUAAAGUACAGUACAGACAAAUGACAUGUAUCUAUGGGACUGGGGAUUUUUUUUAGGUGCAGAUGCUCCUGUUGAAUUGUCUGAUGGUGGUGGUGAUGAUGCAUAUAUGAACAGUUUGGAUUGCCAGUAGCUGUCUAACAAUAAAACAGUGUACUCAGCUGACAACAUAGACAUAUAUUGCUUAAGUAAUCUGACCUCUGGCAAACCAAAUAAGUUCACUGAGAAAUAUUAAACUACUACCCCUACACUGUCUGUUAGGAUAUUAUGGACCACAGUAAAGCUUGAUUAAAAGUAGUCUAGCUUUUUGUUUGAAUCUAACAAAUUGUGAUUCUUAUUAACUAUGGUUGUUUGAAAGAAGCCAGCUUCAAACCAUGGCUUAGGAAGUCGGCUUAUUUAAACAAGCUGUCCUAGGUUUAAUAUUGUUUAGUAUUCAUAUAUAACACUACAUUAUAUGCUGCGGGAGCUAUAAAAAAAAUCAGAAGUGAAUUAUUUCAGUCUUGUCCUUCUGGCUCCACAGGUAGAGCGAAGGAUGCAAGCCCAAGAUUUGUUACAGUUUGUUUUCCUCCCAGUAAAGCCCAUCAUGGUUUAACUAAAUGUUCAAACAUCUGGGAUGUCCUUCUUGGAACUACCAUAUCUGGCAAUGAAUUUCAUCAUAACUGCACUAAUAUUUAUUAUAUAAACCAUGACAGAACUUUAUUUUUCUAAGGAAUUGGUUAAGAGGUGUGUUUUGCAUGUUAGAGAGGGGAAGAAAAGUAGAAAAAGUAAUUCAUUUUUAAAUAAAACUGUAUAUAUGUAUUUUGAUUUAGAUGUGGGCACCUUAUUUAGUACAAAUGGUCACUGUUGUGUUGCAAAUUUUCACUCACAUUUAUGGUCCAUAGCUUGAUUCUAGCAAGUUGCAUUUGUUGCACACCACUUAUGGUAAAGCAGUAUAUUGUAUAUGUCCAGAUCUGGUUCACACAUAACCCUACUUAUGAGGCAGUAUAUGUUGUAUGAGCAAGCAGUAGAAGAAGCAAAACUGUCUGGUAGCAUAACCUUUCUCCUUCUUUUUUUAUUUGUGGUGGAAGUGUGGGAUAGAGAGAAUGAGCUUCUGUAGCUUACUCCAGUAGUGAAAUAAUUAGAAUGUACAUCUCCCACAACCCUGAAACCUCUUAUAAUAAUCUUUCAAUUUUUUUCAUUGCUGCUGUGGGGUUUGAAAACCAUAUUUUAAAAGAAGUGUAAAUUCUAUUUUUUAAGAAGCUCUUGAAAAUAGACUGACAAAAAUACCUUAAAGAAUUAAUCUAUCUUAGACAGGAUUUUCAAUUUCUUUUUCCAAAUCUUAAGGUUCAUCUGCCCUUAACUGCUAUUAUAACAGUAGGAAGAAUAACAGGAGCCACCCAGUUGUGCUUGGCUAUUGUGUUUAUCUGCCUUCUUGUCUGUCAAAACCUAUGGUAAUCCCAUGAAUUCAAUAGGGUUUUCAUAGGCAAGGAAUACUCAGAGGUGAUUUUGUCAGUUCCUUCCUCUAAACUAUAGCCUAUGAUACCUGAUAUUCAUUGAUGAUCUCCCAUUUGAGUACUAACCAUUGCUAACCGUGCUUAACUUCCAAGAUCCAACUGGAUUUGGUGCCUUCAGGGCAUUUAUAUACUCAAAUGUGAAAAGGAAAUAAAAUUCACCUUUGAACCUUACACAGUAAUAUGAAGGGCAGGGAGAGAGAGCACAGGUCAAUUGCAUUGUUCCUCCCUAUUUUACCCCACUUAAUUUCUGAAGCCAGCCUAGAAGUACCGAGUUUCGUAAGAGCAGUAAAUAUGGCAUCAACUCCUCUUGUCUUUAAAAUAUAAAGAAGCUAUAUUUUAAUCUGCUUUUAUGCAUAAUAAAUAGCAGGAAAGGAACACUUAUAGAAAUAAAUGCAUAAUUCUAAUGUACAAUGUGCUAAGAAGCUGUCAUUAUUGAAUGUAAAUAAAUAUUGCCGCAGUUAUGUAUUGCUCUGAUUGUUUGUUCUAUUUGCAAUAUAUAUAAAUGUACACACAUAAUUGCAAUAAUUUCUUAAAAUAUUUGUAUUACUGAAAAAGGGGCAGCUUUAUUAAAAAUGUGAAAAGAGACUUGACGAUUUUUAAUAUGUUUUUAAGUAAUCAGUUUUUUAAAAGUUAGUUAGAUUGAAACUGCUACAAACAAUGGAAACUGAACCAAAUAAAAAAACCUAUCAAUCUAUAUUAUAUAAAGUGAUACAGCCAUACAUCCUGAGCUAAAUACUCCUGAUUUGGAAAACUUUUCCCACUCACCUCUAUGAAUGUGGAGAAAGGUAGGAGAAAUACACAAAAAUGAUUCCAACAGUGACUGAAUGGAGAAGCUAUUUCACAUCUUAGGUCUUCCAUGUUGGGAAUUUUAUAUGUGCAAGAAGCCUCUGCAUCUUGGUAACCUUGGUAAUAGGUAUUUACACCUGUGUCUUGAAAGAAAUAUUGUAAGAGGUAGCACUUAUGCUUUGAUUUCUUGAAGUAAUCUGGAUGGAUACCCACUUACUUCAGUUAAAUCAAUAUUAGAUUUAGCCCCUGAAAGGCCAAGACAUAGCCACAUAUAUUUCAGGAUUAUAGUUUCUCAACCUCCCAACAACUCUGUGAAGCAGGCUAAGGUAGAAAGGACUUACCCAGAUUCACCAACUGAGCAAUAGACCUGAGUGAGCAAACAACUUUGUUUUAGCAUGAAAUUAAAUGCCAUAUUACUUUCCCCCAAUAACAUGAAGUCUUGUAAAAUGUUACUCACCAAUGCCAAAUAUUAAAAACAUUAUUGAUUUCUUCCUCUCAUUCCGCCUUUCUUCCUACUGCCAAAAAAAUUAAAAUUCUGUAAUGCUCUCCCUCAUUGUAGCUAGAUUUUACAAAGUCCAAAAAUCUAGAAAUAUGUUCAUUUGCUUUUUCAGAUGCAGCAAAUGUGGCAAUGUUCUCACUUCCAUGUAAUUUUUGCUCAAGUAUUUGUGUAUAUAGUGGAUAAACAUCCCAGUGUCUCUAUGCAGUUAGACUAACUAAAACCUUUUGAGUCAAGGUCAGCAGUAGUGUGUGGAUUAACCAUCCAACACUUAGUUUUACGUCUCUGUGAUCUUAACAGGAAAAUAAAUGUGCUUAACAUUUUUUUUCUCCUGCAACAACUGGUCCUUAGGCAGAACAAUCCUGUGGUUAGCUAAAGAGAGCUAUGAACCUUACAGCUUUUAAAAUCUGGGAGGACACCUACCAGCAGGGUGGACAUGAGAGAUGUGUGGUGUUUUCUUCUCUUCCUCCAGAUCCUUUCCUUGCUUUUUUCCUAUUUUCCUCUCAUUUUUUUAGAUUGGCUUUUUAAAAAAUCCAUAUUCAUUUAAUAAUUUUGCUUGAUAUCUUUUACUAUAAUGUGAUAAAGGUUGCAGUCUUUACGUUGCCUUAUUGAAGGCUGUAGGAAUUAUUUCUGAGUUAAAAAUGAAUGGGAUUGGAUUGGCAAUGAUCAAAGAAUUUCUAAAGAAGGUAAGGAAACCUAUGCCCUUCUGGGUAGUGUUGGACUCCAUUUCCCAUCAGCCCUAGCCACAAUGAGGGAUGAUGGGAAUAGGAGUUAACUUACCCCAGAGGUUUUCUAUCUCAGUAAUUGCUUAGUAGGUUUUCUUUAUUUUUAAUUUUUUUUCUUUUUUCACUUGUGCCUUUGGCAAAUUCCCAGGGAAUUCUGCAUUAAUGGGAAACUUAGGAAGAACUGCCACAGAAGGUCACUAUAAAAAUGCUUUUGCGUACUGUACUUUGCUAUUUUAAAAACUUUCUAAAUGAGUGCUUACCUUGGCUGCGUCACUAUAGGUUGUAUGUUUUAUAUAUAAAUGUUCACUGUAAUCAUGGUUACCAUGUAUAUGUUUGCUGUGCGCAUAAAUGGGGAUAAAUCAUUUUUAAAUUUAGUCAAGAUUUUUAAAACGAUACUAGAGAAAAAUCAGAUUUUUUAAAAAAUGAUGUACAAAAAUGUGUUUAAAGAAUAAAAAUACUUGGUGCUUUGGGUUUUUCACUUUUACAAGAAAACAUCAAUCGUUCUUUGUUACUGUAGACUUCAAUAAAUUUAUACUGGUGCUGUUCAUUGUAAACAUGUUGCUUAUGACAGUACAUGUGCAUUUAUUCUAUAUUUUUUAAAAUAAAGUAUAAAAGUUUACAUGC